AUGGCGAUAGUUGCCGGACUGCCGCAGUAUAUGGUGCUCCGAUCAGGGAGUCACGGGACUUACCUGCACUACCUGUGGAACGACGAGUUCGGCGAAGAAUACACUAGUUAUUUCGAGUUCGCCCCCUGGGAGUCGUACGAGGACAAGAUGAGGGCCAAAGACGAGGUGAUCCAGGCCCGAGAGGCCGACAUCGCCAGGCUGGCGGCCCAGGUGGCUGCUAAGGACGGCGAGAUUCGUGCCUUGCAAGACGUGGUUCGUGCUCGGGACGAGGAGAUCGUGAGUCUGGAUGCUCAGGUCGCCGCCAAAGACGAGGAGAUUCGCGAUUUCCAAGACCAGCUGGCCGAGAAGGAGGAAGCGGUCCUAAACCUGCAAGGCCAGGUGGCGGCGUGGGAGUCCUACGAGGAGGAGAGGAAGGCGAAGCUGGAGGCCGAGAUGCUGACACUGCAGUCUGGGGUGGGUCUGGCUUGGGACUCCUUCGACGGGAACGUCACGGCCGGAUAUGGCCCGGAAUCGAUGAUCGGCCUAAAGAUUAAUUAA